CCCUGACAUCAUUGGAGAAGAACGCAAGGUCGCCGCUAUGAAUUAUAUUUCUAACCCAGAAAUAUAUUACGUAUUGCAAAUCUUAAGUGCUGUAAACACAACAGCUAGGAAGUAUGAUGAUGUUUAGUGUUGCGUUUUUGCUACUGAAUUUGAUAUUCUUGCACUAUGGAGUGUCUCAACUUGAUGUAGGCGAUCCGUGCUUUUUGGAAUCUGCAAGUAGUAAUGGAGUAUGCGACUUUUUGUCUGUUUGCACGCCAGCUAGAGAAGGUUUGUUAAAAGAUAUAAAUCCACAACUAUGUGGAUUUAAUGGUUCCGAGCCAAUAGUUUGCUGCACGAGUUUACGUGCGGAAAAUACACGAUCAUAUGGCACCCUCUCAUCGACUACGACGACAACAACAACAACAACAGCAGCAGCAGCAACCAGUACUACGACUCGAUCGACGCCAACGACGCAACGCACAAGACCGACGUACACAGGAUACGGAGCGAAGAGCAGAGAAAAAUGUGACGAAUAUCAGAAAUAUGUUUAUGAAGAAGAGUUUUCUGGAGUGUUCGUGGGUAAUCAGCAAACGGUAUCUGUCGAUAAAUGUGCAAUAAUAGCUGUUAGUAACAUCGUUGGCGGUGAAGAUACUAAACCAAGAGAAUUUCCUCAUAUGGCACUCAUAGGGUACCAAACAGCAAACAGCAAAAUAUAUUAUCAAUGCGGAGGUUCUCUUAUAAGUGAAGAGUUCGUUUUAACCGCCGCGCAUUGCCAUUAUCAUAAAAAGUUGGGUGAACCGAAAUAUAUUCGACUUGGCGAACUGCAAAUAGAUACGAACUUAGAUGACGCACAAGUACAAGAUUUUAUUAUAGCACGAUGGAUAAAUCAUCCUAGAUAUAAACAACCUUCACAUUACAACGAUAUAGCAUUAGUAAAGUUAAGCAGAAAGGUUCGCCUGAACUCGUACGCAAGACCAGCUUGUCUGCAUACAAGCUCGGACAUACCAGUUCCAAAGGCUGUCGCGUCUGGUUGGGGUAUAACUGAACAUCUGUCUGACGAAACUAGUAAUCGUUUACUAAAGGUAACAUUGGAGUUUUUUUCAAAUUUCGAAUGUAAUCGAACAUAUCGGGGUAAUAUUGGCGAGAAAUUAAGAAGUGGCAUCGUUGAAUCGUCACAAGUAUGUGCCGGACACCAUUUAGAGGCCAAAGAUACUUGCCAGGGAGAUUCUGGUAGCCCACUUCAAAUUGUUAAUACAGAUCCAAACAUUUACUGUAUGUACUCCGUGGUGGGGGUUACAUCAUUCGGAAAAGGGUGUGGCGUUAUUAAUAUUCCAGGUGUAUACACCAGAGUGUCACACUAUAUUGAUUGGAUAGAAGAAUACGUGUGGCCCUAAUGCCAGAUGGAACUUGUACGAGUAAAAUAAUAAGAUCUAUAAAAUAAGUAUAACUGGAAACCCAUAUAAUUACUAUAAAAUAAAGCGACUCUAAGGAUAUACUUAGUUGUUACCCCGCCACAUCGUCUCCGUCAGCAACUCCCACUAGACACUAGAGGGACUGUUCGCUCUUGGUUGACCUGAGACAAGAUACCCCGUACCCAUAAAAGGCAUGUGAGUUUGUGUAAGUCUGCUACACCUCAACAAUGUGGCUGAGACUAACCGUUUGGACUCGAAUUACUCCAGAAAUGUCCACCUUUGUAGCCCAUUCGGAUUCCAAAGUCCUCGGCAAAAAGUAUGUGCAACGCGCUUCAAGUGCCCCCACCACCAGAAUACCCACCACCACGAGAAGCUAGUAUGGAGCUGGGCGCUUUGCAUAAUGUUUUGUUGUUUAUUCUGUCUGUGUGAAUAAUUCAAUCGUUCAAUGUGUGCAAAAUAAAUCGUAUUAAAACCUUA